AUGGCGCCCUCGAGCAUGUCGACGGAGAAGGAGCAGGCCAUCGACGACUGGCUGCCCAUCACCUCGUCCAGGAACGCCAAGUGGUGGUACUCCGCCUUCCACAACGUCACGGCCAUGGUCGGCGCCGGCGUGCUCAGCCUGCCCUACGCCAUGUCGGAGCUCGGAUGGGGUCCCGGCGUUGUGGCCAUGCUCCUGUCGUGGGUGAUCACCCUGUACACACUGUGGCAGAUGGUUGAGAUGCACGAGUGCGUCCCGGGGAAGCGCUUCGACCGCUACCACGAGCUGGGCCAGCACGCGUUCGGCGACAAGCUGGGCCUCUGGAUCGUCGUCCCGCAGCAGCUCCUCGUGGAGGUCGGCACGUGCAUCGUCUACAUGGUCACCGGCGGCAAGUCCUUCGAGAAGUGCUACAACGUCGCUUGCCCGGAAUGCAAGCCCCUCAAUACCAGCUCCUGGAUCAUGAUCUUCGCCGCCAUCCACCUGCUCCUCUCGCAGCUCCCAAACUUCAACUCCAUCACGCUCGUCUCCCUCGCCGCGGCAGUCAUGUCGCUCAGCUACUCUACGAUUGCAUGGGCGGCGUCGGCGCACAAGGGGCGGCACGCGGACGUGGACUACAGGAAGAAGGCGUCGACGGCGACGGGGCAGACGUUCAACUUCCUGAGCGCGCUGGGGGACGUGGCGUUCGCGUACGCUGGCCACAACGUGGUGCUGGAGAUCCAGGCCACCAUCCCGUCCACGCCCGACAAGCCGUCCAAGAAGCCCAUGUGGCAGGGCGUCGUCCUCGCCUACAUCAUCGUCGCCAUCUGCUACCUCCCCGUCGCGUUCGUCGGCUACUACGUCUUCGGCAACGCCGUCGACGACAACAUCCUCAUCACACUCGAGAAGCCACGCUGGCUCAUCGCCAUGGCCAACAUCUUCGUCGUCGUCCACGUCAUCGGCAGCUACCAGAUCUACGCCAUGCCUGUGUUCGACAUGCUCGAGACGUUCCUGGUGAAGAAACUCCGGUUCAGGCCAGGCCUGCCUCUCCGUUUGAUAGCGCGCUCACUCUAUGUUGUGUUCACAGCUCUAGUUGGCAUCGCCGUGCCGUUCUUCGGGGGUUUGCUAGGGUUCAUUGGUGGCUUCGCAUUUGCACCGACAACCUACUAUCUUCCCUGCAUCCUGUGGCUCAAGAUUAAGAAGCCAAAGACGUUUAGCCUCUCCUGGUUCAUCAACUGGUUUUGCAUCAUAGUUGGCGUGCUCCUGACGGUGUUUGCACCCAUUGGUGGCCUCCGGUCGAUCAUCGUCAACGCCUCCACCUACAAGUUCUUCUCGUGA